AUGUACUCGGCAGCAGCAGACGGCUCCCCUCCGAACCCUGAUUGGGAGCCCGACUUUCACUGGCUAGCUGAUGAGGAGCAAAUCGCCAUGGCGCGCUUCGCCGUGGCACAGCACAACGCCGCCAAGAACGACAGCUUACAACCAGUCCGGAUUAUGUCUGUAGAGUAUGUGGAUAAUGGCGGCACAGGCAAUGGCAGCGCAGGCAACUCAAGCACGGGCGGGCAGGAGUACCGCGUGUCACUGGCGGCUCUCAGCCUGCUGCGCGGCCGCACUGCCUUAUUCGACGCCCUCUUCUCCCGCCGCCCUCUCGUGGCCGCGCAAUCCGCGCUCCCUGCUGCUGCCCUUCCAUUAGCAGCAACAGCAGCAGCUGAAAAUGGAGGAGGGGAGGGAUGGGAGUACACGUUGAAGUCGUUCGCGGUGCAGGCAGGGUCGGGGCAUGCGAGCACGCGGGAGGAGCAGGAGGCGGCGCUCAGGCACGUGGUACCGGUGGACCCUCCUCUGUGUGGCGACCUGUUGACUUACGUUGACCCGUCAGACGUGGACGUGCAGCGGGUGGCACGAGAGGCGGAUCCAAUUUGCACUUCAUUCUUUUCACUCACACCCAUGCUCACACCCAUGCUCACACCCAUGCUCACACCCAUGCUCACACCCAUGCUCACACCCAUGCUCACACCCAUGCUCACACCCAUGCUCACACCCAUGCUCACACCCAUGCUCACACCCAUGCUCACACCCAUGCUCACACCCAUGCUCACACCCAUGCUCACACCCAUGCUCACACCCAUGCUCACACCCAUGCUCACACCCAUGCUCACACCCAUGCUCACACCCAUGCUCACACCCAUGCUCACACCCAUGCUCACACCCAUGCUCACACCCAUGCUCACACCCAUGCUCACACCCAUGCUCACACCCAUGCUCACACCCAUGCUCACACCCAUGCUCACACCCAUGCUCACACCCAUGCUCACACCCAUGCUCACACCCAUGCUCACACCCAUGCUCACACCCAUGCUCACACCCAUGCUCACACCCAUGCUCACACCCAUGCUCACACCCAUGCUCACACCCAUGCUCACACCCAUGCUCACACCCAUGCUCACACCCAUGCUCACACCCAUGCUCACACCCAUGCUCACACCCAUGCUCACACCCAUGCUCACACCCAUGCUCACACCCAUGCUCACACCCAUGCUCACACCCAUGCUCACACCCUUGCUCACACCCAUGCUCACACCCAUGCUCACACCCAUGCUCACACCCAUGCUCACACCCAUGCUCACACCCUUGCUCACACCCAUGCUCACACCCAUGCUCACACCCAUGCUCACACCCAUGCUCACACCCAUGCUCACACCCAUGCUCACACCCAUGCUCACACCCAUGCUCACACCCAUGCUCACACCCAUGCUCACACCCAUGCUCACACCCAUGCUCACACCCAUGCUCACACCCAUGCUCACACCCAUGCUCACACCCAUGCUCACACCCAUGCUCACACCCAUGCUCACACCCAUGCUCACACCCAUGCUCACACCCAUGCUCACACCCAUGCUCACACCCAUGCUCACACCCAUGCUCACACCCAUGCUCACACCCAUGCUCACACCCAUGCUCACACCCAUGCUCACACCCAUGCUCACACCCAUGCUCACACCCAUGCUCACACCCAUGCUCACACCCUUGCUCACACCCAUGCUCACACCCAUGCUCACACCCAUGCUCACACCCAUGCUCACACCCAUGCUCACACCCAUGCUCACACCCAUGCUCACACCCAUGCUCACACCCAUGCUCACACCCAUGCUCACACCCAUGCUCACACCCAUGCUCACACCCAUGCUCACACCCAUGCUCACACCCAUGCUCACACCCAUGCUCACACCCAUGCUCACACCCAUGCUCACACCCAUGCUCACACCCAUGCUCACACCCAUGCUCACACCCAUGCUCACACCCAUGCUCACACCCAUGCUCACACCCAUGCUCACACCCAUGCUCACACCCAUGCUCACACCCAUGCUCACACCCAUGCUCACACCCAUGCUCACACCCAUGCUCACACCCAUGCUCACACCCAUGCUCACACCCAUGCUCACACCCAUGCUCACACCCAUGCUCACACCCUUGCUCACACCCUUGCUCACACCCUUGCUCACACCCUUGCUCACACCCAUGCUCACACCCAUGCUCACACCCAUGCUCACACCCAUGCUCACACCCAUGCUCACACCCAUGCUCACACCCAUGCUCACACCCAUGCUCACACCCAUGCUCACACCCAUGCUCACACCCAUGCUCACACCCAUGCUCACACCCAUGCUCACACCCAUGCUCACACCCAUGCUCACACCCAUGCUCACACCCAUGCUCACACCCAUGCUCACACCCAUGCUCACACCCAUGCUCACACCCAUGCUCACACCCAUGCUCACACCCAUGCUCACACCCAUGCUCACACCCAUGCUCACACCCAUGCUCACACCCAUGCUCACACCCAUGCUCACACCCAUGCUCACACCCAUGCUCACACCCAUGCUCACACCCAUGCUCACACCCAUGCUCACACCCAUGCUCACACCCAUGCUCACACCCAUGCUCACACCCAUGCUCACACCCAUGCUCACACCCAUGCUCACACCCAUGCUCACACCCAUGCUCACACCCAUGCUCACACCCAUGCUCACACCCAUGCUCACACCCAUGCUCACACCCAUGCUCACACCCAUGCUCACACCCAUGCUCACACCCAUGCUCACACCCAUGCUCACACCCAUGCUCACACCCAUGCUCACACCCAUGCUCACACCCAUGCUCACACCCAUGCUCACACCCAUGCUCACACCCAUGCUCACACCCAUGCUCACACCAUGCUCACACCAUGCUCACACCCAUGCUCACACCCAUGCUCACACCCAUGCUCACACCCAUGCUCACACCCAUGCUCACACCCAUGCUCACACCCAUGCUCACACCCAUGCUCACACCCAUGCUCACACCCAUGCUCACACCCAUGCUCACACCCAUGCUCACACCCAUGCUCACACCCAUGCUCACACCCAUGCUCACACCCAUGCUCACACCCAUGCUCACACCCAUGCUCACACCCAUGCUCACACCCAUGCUCACACCCAUGCUCACACCCAUGCUCACACCCAUGCUCACACCCAUGCUCACACCCAUGCUCACACCCAUGCUCACACCCAUGCUCACACCCAUGCUCACACCCUGCUCAUGCUCACACCCAUGCUCACACCCAUGCUCACACCCAUGCUCACACCCAUGCUCACACCCAUGCUCACACCCAUGCUCACACCCAUGCUCUCACCCAUGCUCUCACCCAUGGUCACACCCAUGCUCACACCCAUGCUCACACCCAUGCUCACACCCAUGCUCACACCCAUGCUCACACCCAUGCUCUCACCCAUGCUCACUAACGCUGCCUUCUUCCUUCAUUGCCCUCUCUCCACCCCUUUCCCCCCCGCAGGAGAGUACACGCUCACACUGCUGGCAGCAGAUAAUACCACCCGCAUGGUGGCCCACUAUGCCACGCAUGCACUGGAUUUGGGGCAGACGAACAACAGUGACGCCACGCCUGAUACUUCACAAGGAGGGAAUGCGAGUGGGAGGAGUUUGGUGAAUGUGACGGCGUUUGCGGUGGUGCCGGGGACGCAGCGGAAUGCAACAGCGGGUGAGAUGGGCGUGGCAGCAGCAGGGGGUUGUGUUGGGAGGAAUGCGUCAGCAGCAGCAGCAGCAGCAGCACUGCUUGUGGUGGUGUUGGUGGGAGUGCGUUUAACAGCAGCAGCAGCAGCAGCAGCAGCAGUGGCAGUUUGCAGUGGGACUUGGCACGGGCCAUGGCAGGGUGCCUCCUCCACUGCCUCCACUGCCUCCUCCACUGCCUCCUCUAAUGCCUCCUCUAAUGCCUCCGCCACGGCCCCCUAUAACGACGCCUACAACGGCUUCUCCAUGCGCUCCCUCGCUCUCUUAGCCCUGGACCAACUCAACAACCACAGCAGCCUCCCCUCCAAUACGCAGAGCAGCCUCCCCUCCAAUGUGACUCUGCUGGAUGUGAUUGUAGCGAGGGCGAAUGUUGUGGAGGGGGCAGGGAUUAACUACAGCGUGAUUGUAACAGCAGCGGUGGAUGCAGCACCUGCAGCAACGGCAGCGGCAGCACUGCUGACGGUGGCUGGAACCAAAGCCAAGGCAUUAGAGGUGGGUGCAGCUGAAGAGAGGGCAGGGAAGCAAGUGGCGGUGGUGAAGGUGGUGGUGUGGCAGCCGGUGCCCUUCACUGCUUUCCAACUGGCUGACUUCUUCCUGCUAGAUGGGGGAGAUAGCGAGGGGGAGAGUGGGAAGCAAAAGCAGGAGGGCUUGUUGCUCAUUGACUGUGCUUCCCCACCCCCGGGUCAUAUCCUCCUUGCUAACUGCACCACAGUGCCCAAGGCUGGCUACUCUAUAGUUGCACCGAUAGGAUUUGUAAUGUGGUUCCGUGUGCUUGUCUCGCUGGGCCUUGUGCUGGCUCUCCUGUAG